UCUCUAUAUUUACAGUUGUUUCUUCCGAAAUAGGGGCGAUUAUCCUAAUUAGACCGUUUAUCUCAGAUAACCCAGAAUCUGCUAUGUUUGUUUAGAAGGAUUUAUUUUCUUCAUUUGUAUGGAUGGAGGUGUUCAAGAUGCAGAUUUAAAGGAAAAUAAGUUUCGUUAUAUCUCUAGUACUUGUUUUUGGACUAUGCUUGCUGUGAAAGUGGCAAAAAAUAUCUUACUGGCAACUAAAACAUUAUUUGAAUCUAAAUGGAAUCUGAAAAUUAUGCCCUUAAAAUUUGGAACACCAGGUUCAAGUGAUAUUGAGAUUGCACGAGCACAAGACUUGAAGAACAUUGCAAUUUUAGCCAAAGAAAUAGGUCUUCUUCCUCACGAAAUAGAACUUUAUGGUGAAAGUAAAGCAAAAGUAUCUUUAUCUGUUCUCGAGAGAUAUAAAUUCAGAUCACCUGGAAAAUAUGUGGUUGUUAGUGGUAUAAAUCCUACAUCAUUAGGUGAAGGUAAAAGUACAACAACUGUAGGCUUGAGUCAAGCAUUAGCAGUUCAAAUGAAAAGAAAUGUUUUUGCUACUUUACGUCAACCAUCACAAGGGCCAACAUUUGGUAUCAAAGGUGGAGCUGCUGGUGGGGGUUAUUCUCAAGUUGUUCCUAUGGAAGAAUUUAACUUACAUUUGACUGGUGACAUUCAUGCUGUUACUGCUGCAAAUAAUUUGCUGGCUGCCCAACUUGACACUCGUAUUUUUCAUGAAGCUACUCAAUCAGAUGAGAGUCUAUAUCAACGGUUAGUAAAAACAGUUAAGGGGAAAAAAGUUUUUACAAAAAUACAGCUUUCUCGUUUGCAGAAACUUGGAAUACACAAAACAGACCCAACAACUUUGGAUAAAGAUGAAAUCAGUCAUUUUGUGCGACUUGAUAUUGAUCCUUCUACAAUUACUUGGCAUAGAGUUAUAGAUACAAAUGACAGGUUUUUGAGGAAAAUAGCUAUUGGUUUAGCACAAACUGAGAAAAAAAUGGUCAGAGAAACUCAGUUUGACAUUUCAGUUGCUAGUGAAAUUAUGGCUAUCUUAGCUUUGACUACAAGUAUGGCAGAUAUGAAAGAAAAACUUUCAAAAAUAGUGGUUGCAAAUGAUAAGAAAGGAAAUCCCGUAACUUCUGAUGAUCUGGGAGUAACUGGUGCAUUAGCAAUUUUACUAAAGGAUGCUAUUCGUCCCAACUUAAUGCAGACUUUGGAGGGUGCACCUGUAUUUGUUCAUGCUGGUCCAUUUGCUAACAUUGCUCAUGGAAGUUCAUCCAUAAUUGCAGAUAAAUUGGCUUUGAAAAUUGUUGGAAAAAAUGGAUAUGUUGUUACUGAAGCAGGAUUUGGAUCUGAUGUUGGUUUAGAGAAAUUUUGUAACAUCAAAUGCCGUUAUUCUGGUUUGAUUCCAAAUGCUGCUAUAGUUGUUGCAACCAUCAGAGCUCUCAAAUUACAUGGGGGAGGACCCAGCAUAGGAGCUGGUGAUUCACUGCCAAAGGAAUAUACUCAGGAAAAUCUUGCAUUGGUUGAAAAAGGAUUUUGCAAUUUAGCAAAACAUAUUCAAAUUGGAGAUAAAUUUGGAUUACCUGUAAUUGUUGCUCUUAACCGCUUUAGCAAUGAUACUGAUGCUGAAUUAAACCUUGUGAAAGAACUUUCUGAAAAGAGUGGAGCUUUUCGGUGUGUUAUCUGUAGUCACUUUUCUGAAGGUAGCAAAGGAGCUAAAGAAUUAGCUGAGGCAGUCAUAGCUGCUUGUGAUGAGCCAUCUAAAUUUCAUUUCUUAUAUGAUUUGAAAGCUUCUCUUGAAGAUAAGAUAAAAGUAAUUGCUGAGCAAAUUUAUGGAGCUAAAGGUGUUGAAUUUAAAAGUCAGGCAAAAGAGAGGCUGGAACUUCUUGAGAAGCAGGGUUUUGGAGGCUUACCAGUAUGCAUGGCGAAAACCCCUUUCUCGUUAUCAGAUGAUGCCACAAAAAAAGGAGUGCCAGAAAACUUCACAAUUACUGUUCAAGAUGUUAAACUCAGUGCUGGUGCUGGUUUUGUAUAUCCUUUACUUGGCUCAGUACUCACUAUGCCAGCACUUAGCACUAGGCCUUCUUUUUAUGAUAUGGAUAUUGAUGCUGAUACUGGAGAUAUUGAAGGUCUUUUCUAAUAAUAUUUUUUAAGCAUAUACACAAGUAAAAGAAUUUAUUUUAAAAAAAGACAGCAGUAUGAAUAUAUGAUGAGAAUAUGAUUCUGAUAGAUUUGAAUGUAUCAGACUGUAAAUUUUAUACGCAUAUUCAAAGUAUACAUUUUGCUAAUACAUAGUGUAAUUGAAGUAUAAAUAUGAGUAUUUUUAUUUAAUUUUAUUUCAUAAGGUGUUCUUUGUAUAUGAAAAACAUAUUUUUUAAAAAAAAUUCUUUGUUUAUGAAAAAUUUAUUUUUGUAAAACAUUCUUUCCUUUUUUAUUGACUGCAUAUAAAAGUUUUUCAUCUUUAUUGUACCAAAUAAAUAUCUAUUAAGUAUGUUUUGUUAA